AUGUAUCUCUUAGGUGGGCUUAUAAAGCUUGAGAUGGAGCAAGUAAGCGAAAUCUUGCGGAACAAUAGGAUGGAAGAUAUUAAUUGGCUUCUCUCUCUCUCUGAAUCUGAACUGGACUUUCUCACCAGCUUAAAGAAGCUAGCCAUUCAACGUGCUAACAUAAGUGGUCAUGAAGAACUAGCUGAGAUAUUCGAUCUUAAGAUGCUUCGAGCUCUUGGGCUUGUGCUAAUGGAGUAUGUGAGAGAAAGGGUACAAGAUGAUACUACCAUUGUUGCCUCAAGUCUUGUUAAUCAUCAGCAUAUGAUUUUGGAUAACUGCAAUAUCUUGAAACCUCACGUCGAUGAUUCUAUAGACAUUGAGAAAAUUCUUACUGAGAUGUGCAGCAACAAGUCAAGAAGGAAGUUUCAGCAACACGUCAACAAGUCAAUAUAA